UUUAUACUAGAUCGAUCUCACUAAAACAUUAAUAUCGUAAAGUGGUAAACCCUGCUUGUGUACAGAUAGUUCGCCGUUGACUGUUAAAGAGCAGCAAUAUUUGGAGCAAGUCCCUAAGUGGCCCGGGAUAAUCGCCCUAAUCCUUAAGAUGUCAGAUAUACGAUCCGAUAGGUCGACCAAUGUAGAUGAUAGUCAUGAGUACUCCAGUCAAUCCAUGGUAGAAUCCCAUGUUGAUCCCAUCAAUGUGGAUUACGACUAUCUCCAGCAGCACAGCCCUUGGAUACUGGAUUCUCUGGGGGAUCCCCAGGGUGAAAAACGCAGAGGAUCAUCAGUAACCGUGGUCAUCUGCAAAGUGUGUAAUUCUAAAAUCCCGCUGGUUGGCUAUGAUUUGGAAGAGCACUACAUUGUCAAAUGCAGCCAGUGCAAGGAAGCCACACCUAUUCGCCCUGCUCCACCCGGUGAACGUUACAUUAGAUGCGUGUGUAACUGCCUGUUGAUCUGCCGGGAUGUCGCUACGAAAGUUGCCUGUCCUCGUCUAAACUGUCAGCGAAUUAUUACUGUGCGUUCCGGUGCCGCCAACGAAACGACCACCGCCACCGCGCCACCGGCCGGCACCUGCCGCAUUACCUGCGUGCACUGCCAGCAGCCGUUUAUUUUCAACAGCCGCAGCAAAUCCUUGACCAAAUGCCCCUACUGCUACCGGAUUUCAGCGAUCAAAAGUGACUACACCACGAAAGAGAUGCGCUACGCUUUCGCGAUGGCUGUUUGCUACACUUUAGUAACUUUAAUUAUUAUUAUUGUUAAUGCGGUUUUGAACGAGCGCUUUGAGGGAGAACCAGCACUGUACAUUAUUCUCUUGGGGCUGUGCGGUAUUUUAUGGAUUCGACCGGUGGUGGCGUACCGGCUCAAGGGAAGCCAAAUCGACCACGAAAUCGCAAUCAAUAAGCGCGGUUGGGGAACGUGUGCCCGGUACAUCCGAGCAUGCGCUACGGAAAUGAAAACAGGCAGCUCCGGCUGCAACUGUAAAGAGUUCUGUUCGAAGGAAUUUCAACUAAAGAAUUUCUUCUUCCCGAUUACUCAGCGAAAACGGUUUAUUUAUCCACAGUGGAGCGGGAUACCGUUAACAUUAUGGCAGACAUGGAAAGUGAUAUUGGCCUGUUAUUUUAUCGCCUGGUUGGUGAUCAGUAUUGACCGGCAGAAGAAGGACAAUCCCGUCGCUCCAGGAUGGAAGUGGCUGAUUUUUCUAACGCACUGGACCUACGUCGCUUUUAUCAGCUAUCUUAUCUUGAGUGCCGUAAAUGUGUGUCUCAACACCCUCUGCCACAGCCACAAGCGCACAACCGUUCUGGGAGUGUGGAGUCUGAAACUGCAGUGGUUCCUGUGGAAUAUCGCCGCACCGGCCACCAUCUCCGUGGUCAUCCUCUACUGGUCCCUGCUGUACCCCAACACGCCCCACAACCACGGUCCUUCCGCCACGAAUUGCCACGUCCAUUUGGUCAACGGCAUCAUGAUCCUGUUCGAUCAGGCGCUGCACGCCAUGCCCAUGCACUGGCUGCACAUCUACCAGCCGAUGCUGUACGGGGCCACCUACGCGACCUUUACCGGCAUCUACUAUGAAGCCAACGGGACCGACCUGACCAAUCGGCCGGCCAUCUACGUGUUCCUCAACUACAGUACCCACCGGAAGUUGGCGCUGGGAGCGGAUUUUGCCGCCAUUCUCGUGGUAAUCCCCAUUGUAUGGACGGUGUUGUGGGCGCUGCAUUUGCUGCGGGAUCUCAUCUGGCGCACAUGUGAUCCGUAUGCGACCGACAAGUUGCCGGUGGAGCCGGUCAGGGCGGAGGAGAAGCGCGAGGAAGAGGCGAAAGAGAUGAAGGUGUUUGCGUUGAGUUAUAAGCCGCGCAGUAAUUCGGUUAGUGUCGGUGUGUAACCCGGCAUAUUAAGGGAAGUGGCCCGGUACAUGGUACCAAAUUCGUGUACAUGCACGAAAUCUUUCACUUUCGCGCACUCCCAAACCCUUUUUUCUCUUGAUUUAU